GGGAUGGUGUCGUUCAUGCCCCACGGGAGGUCGCAGGGGAGCGGGUCGUGCCUGCGAGCGGGGACGCGUGUCUCAGUUUCCCGCGUAGCAAUGGGGGGUGUUGCAGCUCGGGGUGGAGGGAGACGAGGGGAUGAAGGGUGUCCCCACUCAGCCCCCGCUGGGUGCGCGGCUGCGGGUGGGAAGUAAAAGCACCCUGGGAGGGGCGAAUAAAGGGCCCCUGGGGAGGGGGGUGUUGGGGUGCGCAGCAGCCGGCGGGGUUUUACAUCACCCCCCAUCCCAACCCCCACGCUCGCAGCACCCGGGAUUUGGGAGCCCCGGGGAGAGGGGCCCCAUUCUGCGGCGGAAUGUACGAUGCGCUGCCGAGCGGCACCGCGCCCGUCCCCGCGGCGUCGGGGCGCCGCGCACCGGCCGGCUGGGGGGGACGGGAAGGGGGAAGGAGCGCGGGGCGGGGGGGGCACCGGAGGGGGGCGGGCCGGGCCGGGGCCGGUCCCGCCGGUUCCAGAAAGCUCCGGGGCCGGAGCGGGGCGGACCCGCAGCUCCUCGGCCAGAUAAAUAGGAGCGGGCGGGGACCGGCGGCGGCGGAGCUGAUCGGGGUGCAGGGAGCUGCCUCCAGGACGGGCCAUGGCACUGCUGCUGCUCCCGCUGCUCAGCCUCCUGCUCCCCUGGGAGGGGGGGCAGGCGCUCGUCCCCCCCAGCGAGCUCAAGCAGAUGUCAGCAGCCGGCAGCAAAUACAUUGACACCGAGGUGGAAAAUGCCAUCAACGGGGUGAAGCAGAUGAAGACCCUCAUGGACAAGACGAGUAAGGACCACCAAGCCAUCCUGCACACCUUGGAGGAGACCAAGAGGAAGAAGGAGGAGGCGGUGCAGCUGGCCCGGGAAAAGGAGCAGCAGCUGGCGGCGAAGCAGGAGGUGUGCAACGAGACGAUGCUGGCGCUGUGGGAAGAGUGCAAGCCCUGCCUCAAGCACACCUGCAUGCGCUUCUACUCCCGCACGUGCCGCAGCGGAUCGGGGCUGGUGGGGCGGCAGCUGGAGGAAUUCCUCAACCAUUCCUCGCCCUUCUCCAUCUGGGUGAACGGCGAGCGCAUCGACUCGCUGCUGGAGCGGGACCAGCGGCAGGAGAAGCAGUUUGAGGACCUGGAAGAACGUUUCGGGUUGCUGGAGGAUGGGAUAGAUGACAUCUUCCAGGACAGCACCCAGGUCUUCGGCCGCAUGUAUCCCUUCUUCCGAGCACCCUUCGGUGGCUUCCGCGAGGCUUUCCGCCCCCCGGUCCAGCACGUCCGCUUCCCCCUGCGCAGCGAGAGGCUUUCCCGGGAGCUGCAUCCCUUCUUCCAGCAUCCCCACCACGGCUUCCACCACCUCUUCCAGCCGCUCUUCGAGAUGACACAGCGGAUGCUGGAGGAAGCGCAGGGCGGUUGGGAGCACUCGCUGAGUGGCUUUGCCCCAGAGUCCCGUAACUUCAGCGACGAUCGCAUGGUGUGCCGGGAGAUCCGGCGGAAUUCGGCUGGCUGCCUGCGGAUGCGGGAUGAGUGCGAGAAGUGCCGGGAGAUCCUCUCCGUGGACUGCUGGCAGACAGACCCUGCGCAGAGCCAGCUGCGGGAGCAGCUGGAGGACGCGCUGCGCCUGGCCGAGCGCUUCACGCGCCGCUACGAUGACCUGCUGCGUGCCUUCCAAGCCGAGAUGCUCAACACCACCAGCCUCCUGGACCAGCUCAACCGCCAGUUCGGCUGGGUCUCGCGCUUGGCCAACCUCACCCAAGGCACCGACGGCUUCCUCCAGGUCACCACGGUCCUCUCCAAGGCUCCCAACCUCGAGGACCCCUCAGCUCCCCCUGACACGCAGGUGACGGUGCAGCUCUUCGAUUCGGAGCCGCUGUCCCUCACCGUGCCUGGGGACAUCUCCUGGGAGGACCCUCGCUUCAUGGAGAUCGUGGCUGAGGAGGCACUUCGGCACUACAAGCAAAAUGCCAUCAGAGAGUAGCUGAGUGAUGCUUGUCGCUGCUGCCAAGCUCUAGUGCCUCACCAAGCGCCCUUGUCCCCAUGCCAGGGGGCAAAAUGCCACCACCACUGCCCCCCCCCCGCUGCUGGUGGCCCCUCUGCACAGCCUGAACAAACAGAAAAUAAAGGUAGAGUCGACCCCCUG